CUUCUACCACUCAUGCAGCAAACCGCACAGACUUAUUUUUUUGUGUUUAGAUCAGCUGACCUGCAGCUCCGCUUCAUCACAUGACAUCCGGUUCCCUGGGUCUCUUCGACAGACUCAGCUGAACUGUGAACGGUACCGGCACCGGACCAGUACAGUAUCGCUGUUAAACUCUGGUUUUGUUAUUUUUCUGCAAAAAUAAAACCGCUGAAACAAAAUACGGAAUCGUUAAAGAUACGGUAGAUUAACGUAGCCUCCCUCGCUUUGCUCCUGAGUUUCUGUUGGAGAGGAGCGACGUUGUGACUGUUGGACAAGUUUAAAUCUUACUGGAAUAAGACUUGUAUUGUACAUUCAGUACAUGCCGAGUUGUCAACUGGAUUUUACCAACUCUCAGAGGUCUGACCUCUUUUCCUUUCAAGCAGAAAGAGAAACAUGCCGUCCAACAAGUCAGUGUCCGACGCCCCCAUCACUCAGUUCGUCAACUGCAGGAUCCUGAGAGACCACCGGCUACAGAGAGAGGACCUGUGGGUCCGUGACGGGAGGAUUUUAGAUCCAGAGAAGCUGUUCUUUGAUGAGCAGGGUUACGCCGACAAGCGUGUGGACUGUGAAGGCAGCAUCAUCGCCCCAGGCUUCAUAGACGUUCAGAUCAAUGGAGGUUACGGCAUCGACUUCUCUCAGCCCUCUGACGACGUCAGCACUGGGUUUUCCUUUGUGGCCAGAAAGAUCCUGGAGCACGGCGUGACGUCCUUCUGUCCCACGCUGGUCACGUCUCCUCCUGCCGUCUACCACAAGGUUUUGCCUCAGAUCAAAGUUCACAACGGAGGAGCACAUGGAGCAGGAGUCCUUGGUUUUCAUCUGGAGGGUCCGUUCAUCAGCGUGGAGAAGAAAGGAGCUCACCCCGAGCAGUUUCUCCGAACCUUCCAGUCUGGGGGCAUGGAGGACCUGAUGGAGGCCUACGGCAGCCUGGACAAUGUUGCCAUGGUGACACUGGCUCCUGAGCUGGCCAGCAGCCAAUUGGUGGUGAGGGAGCUCUGCCAGCGAGGCAUCACGGUGUCUUUGGGUCACUCUGUGGCCAACCUGUCCCAGGCUGAGGAUGCUGUUCAGCACGGAGCCUCGUUCAUCACUCACCUCUUCAACGCCAUGCUGCCUUUCCACCAUCGGGACCCUGGCAUUGUGGGUCUGCUGACCAGUGAUCAGAUCCCUGCAGGGAGAUCGGUCUACUAUGGCAUGAUAGCUGACGGGAUCCACACCAACCCUGCAGCCCUGCGAAUCGCCCACAGAGCCCACCCUUCAGGUUUGGUGCUGGUGACGGAUGCGAUCACAGCGAUGGGUCUUCCCCCGGGCCGUCACACUCUGGGCCAGCAGGUCAUUGAGAUCCAGGGUCUCCACGCUUACGUGGCAGGCACUACGACCCUCUGCGGCAGCAUAGCCACGAUGGACAUGUGCGUCCGACACUUCAGACAGGCUUCAGGCUGCAGUGUAGAGGAGGCUCUGGAAGCGGCCACGCUCCAUCCUGCUCAGCUCCUGGGUAUCAGCCACAGGAAGGGGAACCUGGACUACGGUUCAGACGCAGACCUUGUUUUGCUCAACGAUGCCCUUGAAAUCCAAGCCACUUAUAUUUCUGGAGAGGAAGUUUGGAGAAAAGGACCAUAGAAGAAGAAGCCUGCAGAUGGACUCUCAGUGCCUUCACAAAACCACAAAUCUGUUGAAUGUUCUAAUUCAUCAGAACACACGGUGAACUUUAUCUCCGUUCCAACACUUUGGUCCACGGUGAAUAAACAAAAUAAAAACACAAA